AAUGCAUUCCGGCCCACAUUCUGAUUGGUAACUGGAGGUGGGACAGUGAUGUGCGCUGAAAUGCCAUGCCCUGUGUUCCGGAUUACGCUGGUUGUCAGUUCACCGGCAAGUGCAGGAGAUGAAACGCUAUAACGCACCGGGAUGUCUAACGCGCUUGUAGUGGCGGGGGAUUCCCUCGUGCCUAGUAACAGAGUUUCCCAAAUGCACCCGGUGUUUAAGGCCUUUGUGUGCGGUUCCCUGAGCGGCACUUGUUCUACUCUUCUAUUCCAGCCGCUGGAUCUGGUCAAGACUCGAAUUCAGGCUCACCAGCUGUCUGCCAGCGCUGCCGGGAGCCGUCCUCGAAUGCUAAACCUUUUAAUUAAGGUUGUACGGAAUGAGAAUAUUUUAGGACUAUGGAAAGGCGUUUCCCCUUCCUUUCUGCGCUGUAUCCCUGGGGUCGGACUUUACUUUAGCACCCUCUAUACAUUGAAGCACCACUUUUUCUCAGAGCGGGACCCCAAGCCUUUGGAGUCUGUUAUGUUGGGAGCAGGGUCCAGGACAGUGGCUGCUGUAUGCAUGCUGCCCUUUACUGUUGUGAAGACUCGCUAUGAGAGCGGCAAAUAUGGUUAUAACAGUGUGUAUGGUGCACUGAAGGCUAUCUACAAGACUGAGGGUCCACGCGGCCUUUUCAGUGGGCUUACUGCAACUCUCAUGCGAGACGCUCCAUUUUCUGGGAUCUACUUAAUGUUUUAUACUAGGGCCAAAAAGCUUGCGCCACAUGAUCAGAUUGAUCCAUUAUUUAGCCCUGUUUUGAACUUCAGCUGUGGUAUUGUGGCUGGUAUCCUAGCAUCUGUGGCCACUCAACCUGCGGAUGUCAUAAAGACUCACAUGCAGCUCUCCAAUAAAAAGUACCAUUGGACAGGACAAGUUGCACUUAACAUCUACCGGACCCACGGCCUAACUGGAUUUUUCCAAGGAGGAGUCCCCCGCGCUCUACGGAGAACACUUAUGGCAGCCAUGGCUUGGACAGUGUAUGAACAGAUGAUGGAGAAAAUGGGAUUGAAGUCCUGAAUUGUGCAACUUUAUUUAAGAGAACCUCUGAAUGGGCCAGGGGCCAUUGGACCAGUGAUGUCUGAAGUGCAAGAAUAUAAGAUGUCUGAAGUGCAGGAAUAUGAGCGAAGCAGAACCACUUCUUCAAACGAGUUCUCCAGCGAAGAAGAUACAAAAUGCCUUGACACUUACUAAAUCUGUAUUUUGAUGGAUUAACUUGCAAAAGAAAAAUCCUGAAGCGCAAUUUCUGUUUUGUGCAUCAAUAGAAUAUGACAAAGGACCCUAUUUUUUUACAAAUGCUCUAAAUACAAGCAUUAUUUAAAUAUAAUUAUCAAAGGCAUGUUUGUUGAAAAUUAAUGCUCCUAAAUCAUCCAUAUUGAUGUGAUGAUUUUUGAGACCUACGUGGUAAGCAAGCAGAGAGCAUGAGGGCAGCUUAUACUUCAUAAUAUUUAAAGAAAUUGUAUAAAUGCAACAGUCUUAUUUAACCUGGAAACCACUUAUAAGCAUAUUCAAAAACUUUACUUCCUUGGUUUGUCACAUGAUUUUAAGGAUUUGGUUUGGCCAGACACAAGGUUUCAGCCGAAUCUGGAACCGAAUCCUGGAUUCGAUGCAUCCCUACUUAGAUACUCUUGCCCCAAGCUAAACUCCCCAUUUAUCAUGCACAUCCCUCCUUUAGAAGCGGCACGUGAAUAUAUUUUUAUAGACUUGCUUCAGUGUAUUUAUUGUAAAAUAUAUAAGAUUUCAUUCCCAGUAUUAACGAAUUCCAAAUUAAAUACAACCCCUAAUUUGCAUAUGCACAUUAACAAAAUUUAAAAAAAAAUGCAGCAACCUUCAGUUGUCCAGUGGUCUAAAGUCACAAGAUAUUUAAAUGAGAAAAAUCGACACCCCAAUUAAAAAAAAGCCCCUACCUACUAACCUAGAUAGUUCCCCCCACGCAUACUUCAAUAGCCCUGAAAAUAUUCCUAAAAUAUUUCUCGCCUAUCGAUGCAGAGUAAGCGCAGCGGGCGCCAUCUUUCUGAUUGCCAGUCUUCAUCUGUAAUUUCCGACACGCAUGAGCAGUCUUCCAGUCCAUACCAACUGCGAAUGUGCCGCAAAUUGCCGAAGAAAUCCGAAGAUCAAGAGGAUGGCGCGUGGCGCCCAUGAACUCCUACGCUUACUCUGCACAAAUAUGUUAGAAAUAUUUUAGGUACAUGUUCAGGGAGGGGGGGCAGUUAAAUGGGUGGCUCAUAUAACUUUUAGUAUGUUAUAGAAAGCCUAAUUCUAAGCAACUUUGUAAUUGGUCUUCAAGUUAACUCAAAGGUGAACCACCCCUUUAAUUGUGGCCCAGUGGUGAUCACUAAACCAGUCACUCAAUUUUACUAUGUCUGUAUCUAAAAAUAUGAAACUGUUUUGUGAAACAGUCUGUUGCAUCUGCCAGUACAUUAGUAUUCAUUGUAAAAAUUCUACCCUCAAUUGCCUUUCUGUUGUGUCACAUGUGAAGGUAUGUCCUUGCGUAAACUGGAAUAUUAAGUAAAUCUGAAUUUGUUGGGAUAAUUACACAGUAUCCCCAGUCUAAACAAUAUCAUCUGGAUAGGUUUGUUAACCUGACUGCCAAAAAACGAUUGCGCUGUGAGGCUAGAAUUACUUUUUUUAUAUUCAGUUUUUUUUCUUUCAUUCUGACAUUAAUCUGUUCCCUGGUUGCUUAGGUAAUCAAUUCCGAGCAAGCAGAUUCCAAGAGCUGGAGAACAAAGAAUAUGUAAAUAAUAAAAACAAAAAUGGAAUUGUUCGACUUUUAACUUUUAACUUGAAAUCUCUGUCCAUCUUUGAAUUGACUACAUUCCAUGUAAUCUACAAUCAACCUGUUUGGUAUUGUGGGCUAAGUGCAUGGUUUUACCUUCAUUCACAAUAAAUAUCCCGAUUCACCAGUG